AUGUCGAUCGUAGAGGGGGCAGCCCCGCCGCCAGAAGGCGUAGUACCCGACUUGCAACACCCAGAAGACGUUCUGCACACUAUCAAUCUUGUAUCGCAAAUCCUCUCCGUCUCGGUCGUAACCUUAUUCAUGCUGCUACGUAUCUAUGCUAAAGCAUGGGUUGCCCCGCCGUUCCAUGCCGAAGAUUUGAGUCACUACGGCGGUGGAUAUCACAUCUACGAACUGUCGAAAGAGAAUUUGGAAGGUUUCAUGAAGCCCACGUUAACAUCCUCUCUGGGGUUAUAUGCCGACACCCUUGUAUACGGCCCAAACUCAUUCUUCACGAAGGUCGCACUUCUUAUGAUUGUGAUUAGAGUCUUCAGUUUUCACCAGAAGACGAAAAUCGGGAUAUACGUAACGAUCGCUUUUAUGGCCGGAUAUUACGUCCCCGUCUUCUUUCUGAAAACGUUUAUUUGCCAACCCAUCGGCGGAUUCUGGGACCCGAAUUCUCACGCCACUUGUCUCGACCAACGAGCAAUAUUUGUAGCCGACACAAUCAUCAGUGCUGUCACCGACUUGGCUGUUCUCAUCAUACCGAUCCCUACCGCAGCAAGCCUCCGGAUGUCAUGGAUGAAACGGUUGAAAGUUAUGGGUAUGCUCAGCGCGGGGGGCAUCGCUACGGCAGCGAGCCUCGCCCGGAUGGUCAUUGUGAUUAGAAUGCAGGAGACAAAGGAUGAAACCGUCGACUUCAUCCGCUUCAACCUCCUUGGGAAGCAGGCUUCGUACACAAAAUAUGACAGACCUACAGACAGUGGAAAUGACGGCGGCACCGCUGCCGCCACCACCACCGAGAGAUUGCAUAUUCGCGAUUGA